CUCACUCCCCUCAUUCCGGAGCCUAGACCAAGGAGCAGACCUUUACAGCCGAGUACCACCAGAAGAUCCUCCACAGAAUGCAACACUAAAUAAACGCGUUUUAAUUCUCUCUUUGGACAUAAAAAGGGAAAGCUUUGGCAUUUAAUAUAUUAUACCUAUCUCUCUCUCUCGACUGAAGCAACAAGUGGGGGAAACUUUUCAGCAAAGUUCGGCUCACUGGGCGGAGAGAAAGUCACUCACAUUAGAGUCUCUAAAAAGGCUGACACACGGUACAAUGGAUCUUGUGAUGUUGGUGGCUUUCAGCUCCUGGCUGGCUCCUGCACUCGGAUCAGCGUUUGGCAGGGAAGUGUUGGCUUCAGCGGCAGUGGCAGAUAAGGACAAAGACUAUGACAGUGCUUUUCAAUACGAUUAUGAAUCUCUGAGAAUCGGUGGCCUGGUUUUUGCAGUGGUUCUGUUCCUCAUGGGAAUUGCCCUAAUUGUCACCAGAAAAUGUACCUGUUCGAGCGACAAGCCAAGGUCCAGAGGUCCAGAUGUGGAAUCAGGUGUUCCAAAGGCUUAGUAGACACAGAGGAAAAGAGCAUUGGAGAUCUGUGUUACUGACUGCCGCCAUUAGGUGGCAGCAAAUACUUUGAUCACAGCUGAGGACAAUCUUUCCAUGAACACACGAAUCUUCCUUCAAUUUCAUUAUGUUACUGUGCUCCUUUUUUCUUUUUUAAUGCUUGUAUCAUCAGUAACUGUUACUCGAUAAUGUGCCAACUGUAUAUGGUGGCAAUAGUGUUACUGUCGUUUGUAUUUUUGUGACUUUCAGAUUGAUAAAAAUGAAUGCAAAAUAAUAAAACAAAUGUUAUAAAAGGUUUA